GCCUACACUGGAGUCAUGGAUAAGAACGUCGAUAAUGUAUGCCUCACCCCUGGGUGCAUUCAUUCUGCUUCGAAAGCCCUGGAGCAGAUGGAUCAGACUGUGGAACCCUGCGAGGACAUGUACACCUACGCCUGCGGACGAUACGUCAAGGAAACGAUCGUCCCGGAUGAAAAGGUAUCUGUAACCACGUUUUCUGUCACUAACGAUCGCUUGCAACAGCAGCUACGAGCGCUGGUUAGCGAUGAGAUCUUCGAGUCGGAUGCUACACCGUUCAAGCUUGCCAAGAACUUGUACAAGCUGUGCAUGAACAAAACGAGUAUCGAGGAGAAUGGCAAUGGACCCUUGCUUUCCAUUCUGGACACACUUGGUGGAUGGCCAGUUCUCAAGGGAGAUAGCUGGGACUCCGAACGGUCCUGGUCAUGGGAGAAAUCGGUUAAAGAUUUCAACAAUAACGGAUAUAGUACGGAUUACUUCUUCGAUUUCUCUAUCACAGAGGAUCUGAAGAACGCGACGCGCCGAAUGAUUGAUGUUGAUCAAACUUCGUUGGGCCUUGCCCGAGAAUACCUGGUGAAAGGUUUGGAGAAUCCUAUCGUAUCCGCCUACUACGACUACAUGGUCGAUAUGGCUGUUAUACUUGGCGCAGAUCAGGCACGUGCUAAGCAAGAGCUACUCGAAUCACUGAACUUCGAAAUGGCGCUGGCCAACAUUUCCCUACCGAGAGAGGAGCGACGUAAUAUCACUGCUCUAUACAACCCCAUAACGGUCAAGGAGUUCCAGCAGCGUUAUCCCCACACCGAGUGGAUAGAAUACAUCAAUGCACUUCUAAAGGGCACUGGAACCGUGAUUGACGAGAACGAAGUGAUUAAUUUGGCCGUGCCAAAGUUCAUGGAGAAGCUUGGUCCGCUGCUCCAGAAUACCCCCAAGCGGGUGAUGGCCAACUACGUGAUGUGGCGCAUUAGCGGGUUCUCGUCCUUCUUUCUCACGGAAAAGCUACGCAAACGACAGUUGCAGUACAGCACGGCAAUCAGUGGAAAGCAAGAGCAGGAACCACGGUGGAAAGAGUGUGUAGAUAUCAUCUCCGGGAGACUACCGAUCGCAGUCGGUGCGUUGUACAUCCGCAAGCAUUUCCGGGAAGACUCGAAGCGCGCUGCCCUGGACAUGGUGAACGACAUCAAGAGUGAGUUUGUGAACAUUCUCAAGAAGAUCAAUUGGAUGGAUGAGGUAACGCGCGUAUCGGCGCUGGAGAAGGUUUCUACCAUGGUCAACCACAUUGGCUACCCGGAUGAGCUCAUGGACGAUGGCAAGAUAGCCGAUUACUACAAAGACCUUGAACUCAAGCCCGGCAGCACCUAUCUUAACUCAAUUCUCAACAUUGCCAAGUUUGAUACAACGAUGGAAAACAAGAGAUUGCGCUUGCCGAUCAACAAGACCGACUGGAUUGACCACUCCAAACCAGCCAUUGUCAAUGCUUUCUAUAACUCAGUUGAAAACAGCAUCCAGUUCCCGGCCGGUAUUCUCCAGGGUCAGUUCUUCUCGUAUGAUCGUCCGAAGUACUUGAACUACGGUGCGAUCGGAUACGUGAUCGGACACGAGAUCACGCAUGGCUUCGACGACCAGGGUAGACAAUUUGACAAAGACGGUAACCUUGUCGACUGGUGGCAGGCGGAUACUAAGAAGGCGUACCUGGAGAAGGCCCGAUGCAUCAUCGAGCAGUACGGUAACUUCACCGAGCCGAACGUGAAGCUGAACCUGAACGGUAUCAACACGCAGGGCGAGAACAUUGCCGACAACGGUGGCAUCAAGGAAGCGUACUAUGCGUACCGUCAGUGGGCCGACAAGAAUGGACCGGAAGCGCGCCUACCCGGGUUAGACCUUAGCCCGGAGCAGCUUUUCUGGCUAUCGGCAGCGCAAACCUGGUGUUCCGUGUACCGCCCGGAAUCAGUAAAAAUGCAGAUAACCACUGGCGCGCAUUCGCCUGGCCAGUUCCGAGUGCUCGGUCCAAUGAGUAACAUGGAGGAGUUCGCCAAGGAUUUCAAUUGUCCGGUUGGCUCCAAGAUGAACCCGGUGCACAAGUGUGAGGUGUGGUAA